UUUUGCCAAACGGUGUUGUUCCACAAUGCCUGAGCCGGCAAAAUCCGCUCCCGCGCCCAAGAAGGGCUCCAAGAAAGCCGUUACCAAAGCCCAGAAAAAGGACGGUAAGAAGCGCAAGCGCAGCCGCAAGGAGAGCUAUUCCAUCUACGUGUACAAGGUGCUGAAGCAGGUGCACCCGGACACCGGCAUCUCGUCCAAGGCCAUGGGCAUCAUGAACUCGUUUGUCAACGACAUCUUCGAGCGCAUCGCGGGCGAAGCGUCGCGCUUGGCGCAUUACAACAAGCGCUCGACCAUCACGUCCCGGGAGAUCCAGACGGCCGUGCGCCUGCUGCUGCCCGGCGAGCUGGCGAAGCACGCGGUGUCCGAGGGCACCAAGGCGGUCACCAAGUACACCAGCUCCAAGUGAGUCCCUGCCGGGACGCGGCGCUCGCACGAGUCGCAAAGCCGCUUGAUUUUCCAAAGGCUCUUUUCAGAGCCACCCACCUAAUCACCAGAAAAGAGCCUUGUUCACUUGUUUUUCCUCAGUUCCUCACAAAGUAAGUUACUCUAGUUGGCUAAAAGUAAUGGAAGAUGACACACGGAGCUUUUUAAGCCCCUAUGACUUGAGAUUCCUGGCGCGUGACUGGCUUUGCUUUUGAAUCUAGGGCGCGUCUUAACCCUCACUGCUGCUUAGCUUUCGUAUGAGUCAGUUCUAAAUUAGGAUACUGAGACUACUCCUAGACUUGUGUCCUGGUGACUCUGUUGGGUACGUUUCACCGGUGUUCCAAAACGAAGUGAGUGAUUUUAGCUAUCCACAUUUAAGAAAGAACCCCAGGACACGACCAAGCCCGGGUCUUCCGAACACUGCGUCACAGCCCUGAAGAAUUACACGAGUUUGGCAGCUGCGUGGGAGCCGGAUCACCAGUUAGGCCCUUGCGAUGAGGCUUCUUGUGGACACCGCGGUUCGGGAUACUUCGUACUGAGCCCGCGCUGCCUGGUCUCAGCCUUCCCCUGAUUGGACAUGAAUAUUCAAAAUCUCCCGCCGCUCCGGAAUUCAUAGGUUCUGGUUUGCGCCGCUCACUUUGGCGCUGUGAGAUUCCUGUUAUUUCCUGGUUUGUGGAUCAUUUUUGCUUUUGUUCUUUUCUCGACAUAUUUAGGCGUCAAGUCACUGCAAGGCGCUAGUUAUUUUAGUUUGGUCUCAAACGUCACCUCUCAGACACCUUCGGGAAGUUGCGCCUCUUCUUCCUGUCUCUGGUCCCUCACUAUUUUAUCUUCCUCAUAGCAGCUGUCAGAAAUUGUUUUGCUAUUAAUAGUUGGUUUUUCCCCCCUUGUUUACCAUUUUCUUGAAGACCUUUACAGAAACUUUAUUGGUUUAGUUUUCGUCUAUAUUGUCCCCGCCAACCGGUGUUUGGCACACAGUGAAUACUAAUUCAGAAGUACUUAAGUGUCCAAUUUAUUUUUCUGUUCCUCUUUUAAAAAUCGCCUUCAUGGAUGGAUGAUGGAUGCGGUUCAUUUCCAUUAGAUGUAUGUGAAGACAUGAUGAAAAUGGAAAUGUUUCUGAGCUUUCCCAAGUUGGCUAUGGUCACCUCAGGUAACAGCUGAGAGGAGGGCUGUAUUUGUGUGUGUGUGUUUAUGCUAAGGAGGAGGUGGCAGUCCUUCCUUUAUGCUUUUCAGUUUGGUCUAAUCUUUUGGAUUUUCAUUAAAUUCAGAACAUUGCUCACUGGAAGAUCCUUUUCCUUUCUUCAUUUAUGACACCCUCCUUCCAUCCUGAUCUUUUGUUCCCCACUGAGAUGAAUUUUUCCUUUACAUUCAGUUUGAUUUGCUCUUCAGGAGGCCCUAUAAAAUAGACGAGGUUGGGGCUUCCCUGGUGGCUGUGGUAAAGAAUCCGCCUGCCAGUGCAUAAGACACAGGUUCGAUCCCUGAUCCAGGAAGAUCCCAGAGAGGAAAAAAAAAGAAUGUUUCUCAAUAUUCCUUUAAAAAUCAGGUUGAGAGUUGAGUGGUCCACUGGUCAUGCAGCUAACAUUGUCCAACUUUGUACCCUCAGAUGCAAGGAUGAUUGCGUUUUAUUUUAUUGUAAUUAUGGAAUGUUGUAUUUUUCUGUCCAAGCCUUGAUUCUGCUGAUAAUGGCACUGAUGGACUGAUCAGCUAUUCAACUCUGCUUUUGGAUAAGGGGUCCUGGAGUUGAUUGCAGGGGCUUCAUGAAUCCAAAUGGACUCCGGACAUUAUCAGAGACUAAUGUUUCUUACAUGUGUGUUUUCAAAUGUGUGUAUAUGCUAUUAUUGUUAAUAAAUUUACCAGUUAAUUUAAAA